CCGAAGAAAGUACUGCGUGAUACGUGUGCGUCGUGAUUCGCGUCUACGUAGCCAAGCCGUUUCAUCUCAUUCUCUCUUUGCUCGACCUUCUCAGUUGACGCACCGCUCGAGUUUUGGUGCUGCUGCCGCUCUAUCGCCUACCCGAAGGCAAUUCACGACGCUCGUUCGUCAGAUGCCACGCAUCCAGCAAUUCCAGAACAUCGAUCGACAAAAAUCAUCCGGCAACACGAUGGGCGAGGAACAGCUCAAGUCCGAGGGCCAGAACAAUCAGUCCGAGAUUAAAAACGAAAACUCCUCGGGUGGCCAGCAGCAAGGUAAUCAGGGCAAUAAUUCUGGCGGAGGGCAAAACCGCGGAGGCGGCGGAGGCAGAGGUGGCCGCGCCGGUGGUCGUGGCGAUAGAAAGUCCGGUGGCAAUAGGUUCUCUGGAGGUCACGGUGGCAAUCGCGGAGGUCCCGGAGGCAACCAAGGCGGCAAUCGUGGCAAUACCAGCGGCUCCGGAGGAAACAUGAACAUGAACGACGUUCAGAUAAAAAUGAGCGAGUCAAUGAUUGAAGGAAUGCUUGAUGAGAGUAUGUUAAACCAGAGCAUGAACCAAAGAGGAGGUGGUGGAAGUGCUGGUGGAAUGAAUCAGAGAGGUGGUGCUAGACCAGGAGGACGCGGUGCUGCAGGUCGGGGUGGCCCCGGUGGACAUGAUAGAGGUAUGCCAAGUAGAUCUCAAGAUGAUAGAAUCAUGGAACGCAUCAUGUCUAUCAGUGGACCUACUCAUGAUUUGCCACCGCAAGAUAUAGAAGAGAAAAAAUUCAACAGCAGAAGUCGAUUGUAUGUUGGAAAUUUAACCAACGAUAUCACAGAGGAUGAACUACAUCAAAUGUUUGCUCCUUAUGGUGAAACUACUGAAUUGUUUUUGAACAAGGAGAAGAAUUUUGCUUUUUUGAAAGUGGAUUUUCAUGCUAAUGCUGAAAAAGCCAAACGGGAAUUGGAUGGUAGUGUUCGUAAAGGUAGAGUACUUAAAGUACGAUUCGCACCAAAUUCUUCUGUUAUUAAAGUAAAGAAUCUCACUCCUUGGGUAUCAAAUGAACUUCUUGCUCAUGCAUUUGGUGUAUUUGGAGACAUUGAACGCGCUAUUGUAAUUGUUGAUGAGAGAGGAAAAUCUACUGGUGAAGGAAUCGUUGAAUUUUCUAGAAAACCAAGUGCUCAGGCAGCUCUGCGAAAGUGCAGUGAAAGAUGUUUCUUUUUGACUGCGUCACUAAGACCAGUUGUCUGUGAACCAUUUGAACAGAAUGAUGAUAUUGAUGGAUAUCCUGACAAGAACUUGCCCAAAAAGCAUACUGAUUUUUACAAAGCCCGCGAACAAGGUCCACGAUUUGCUUCCAUAGGUAGCUUUGAGCAUGAGUAUGGUACAAGGUGGAAGCAGUUACAUGAAUUAUACAAACAAAAAGAAGAUGCCCUGAAACGUGAAAUGAUGAUGGAAGAAGAAAAAUUAGAAGCUCAAAUGGAAUUUGCUCGAAACGAACAUGAGACUGAAAUCCUUAGAGAACAAUUGCGUGUACGCGAAGCCGAUCGUGAAAGGAAGAAGAGAGAAUGGGAAAUGAAAGAAAGACAAGCAGAAGAACAAAGGACGCGCGAGGAAGAACUCAGAAGAAGGCAGCAAGAAGAAAUGGCCGUGCGAAUUAGACGUCAAGAAGAAGAGCUUCAUAGGAGACAACAGGAAAAUAAUCUUUUCAUGCAGGAACAAGCUAUGCGUGGCGGAGUUCCUGGACCAAAUAAAAAUUUCGAUAACAUGCCACCAGAACGUGAUGGAUAUCCUCCAGUAGAUGGAAACAACAUGCCAGUGGAUUCGAAAGCAUUUAUGGAUCAAUAUAAUAAUAUGGAUCACGGUAACCGUGGUUUCGAUGACCGCGGUCAGAUCAUGGAUUUAAUGGAUAUGAGAGUUGAUAUGGGUAACAUGGGAUAUAUGGGCAACAUGGGCAAUAUGGGAAACAUGGGAAAUAUGGGCAACAAUCGUGGUGGCGGCCGCUGGCAAGGCGGUAAUGACCAUCCACGCCCUGACGAUUUUCCCAAUAAAAGGAGGAGAUAUUAAUUUUAAUAUCUAUAAGAUACAACUUUUUCACGAUAUCUGAUCGUGUAAUCAAGUUUUUCAUUCGUUUGCAACUCAUCGUCAUUAUUCAUCAUCUUAAAAACGACACAUGAAUGUAUAUUUUUAUCGCUAAUAAUUUGUAUUAUCAUCUUAAAUCUUAAGUAAAUAAUGUUAGGUACUUUCAAUUGAUGUCUUCUAAUGUGUUAAAGAGAUUUAAUUAGUUUAUUUAUCAGUGAUUUCAAAAUUAUUUGCUUCAUAUGAAACAAGAUAUUUUUACAUAUCUAUAUUACUAGAUAUAAUUUAACUUUUAAGUCAACUAUAAUUUAACCAUCCAAGCGCUUAGGUUCUAACUCAGUCUAUUUUAGACUUCCAAUUUCAAAAAAUUUUCUCUUUCACUUAACCACCUAUAGAUUUUAGAAUAAUUUAAUUUAAUCGUGACCAAUCAUAUGAUUAAUUGAAACAUAAUGAGACCAAUCGAAGCGAUUGACUUCCCAAAUUUUCGAAGACCACGCUAGUUCUAUACAUUCUCUUGUGAAUAUAACAAAAAAUAAUUUAAGGAAAAGUUAACUGAAUUAUUACUAUAACGCUUGGAUAAAAAGUGAAUAUGUCUAUGCAAUCUGAUUAAAAUUGAAUUAAAACUAGUACUCUUGAUAUACUAAGAGUAAGCAGUAAAAAUAUUUGCCCGUACUUGUGAAUUUACAAAGGUAGUUUGAUAACUUGACAAUUGUGGCAAAUUGAAAAAUCAUUAAUUUAUAAAUAAGGUAAUAUUAUCUGAAAUAAAUUCUUUUCCGACA